ACGAGUGAGCGAGCGGGCGAGCGAGAGCGAACCCCAGGAAGAAAAAUACGUGGUUGAAUAUUUUUAUAUAUAUAUGUUCAGCUUUAAUCCGCAAUUUGCUGGCCUAAUCCUGGCUCGGUAUUGGAUCCCGGCCCGCAAGGGAUUCCGAAGAACUUGCGACUCACAAAGGGUUCAUCUUUCUCUUCAAACUUGAGAGCCAAACUUUUCUUAGAAUGUAGGGUCAUUGCUGUCGCGUCCUGGAGGAGCAAUCACAAUGGACGGUGGCAUGGAAGAUGCAAGUGAGGGGUUCGGGAUCCCCUCGGAAUCUGUAGUGCCUCUCCCCACGGAUUUGGGAAAUGAGAUUGAGGCUCCUGUUGAUUCUGGAGAAAAUGCUUCCGUUAUCCAACAACUGCCAACCUCUCCUGGUGACAACCAGGUUCUCCCGGAGCUUCCAGAUCUGGAUUCAGGGCCCUGCUACCCCAAAGCAGAAGAGAUCAGGAUUGGCCUGGAUGGGGAGGGUGAGUCCAAAAGAUGCUCGGAACCACAAGAGACCACUUCUUUGGCUCCUGAGAUCUGCAGGAAUGGUAUGGAGGAGGGAGCCAAAACUUCAGCUCAGAAAGAGAACAUAUGCUGGACACCCAAACCAGACCAGGUCUCCUCAGAGGUAGAGAGUAACCUCAAGAUCUCUGUUGACCAGGGUGAAAUUCUGAAGGAACUAGAGGAGAAGGAUGUGGAAGAGGAGAUUCCAGAGGCUGACCAGGCCGAGUUCUUAAAGCUUUUUGCCCGACUGCAGAGACUUAACCCUGGCUUCCAUGACAAGUUGCCCACUCCUGAAGAUGACCUCUUGGCUGCCUCUGACGGCGAGGAAAGCCACGGGUUAGGAGAUGGAGACAGGCGGCCCCUCCUUGAGCAUCCCGAGGACCUCCAGGGACCUCCGGACAAACAUGCCCCUUCUCUACUCCAUGUAGCCACAGGGCAGGGCCUUCGGGCAGCCGCUCAGCACCUCCUGAGAUCUGUCCAGGGACAGAGAAGUGGAGAAUUGCUUUCCUCAGAAGCCCACCAGGAGAACCUGCUCAGUCUCCUCCAUUACGAAGGGGGAAUUUCCAUGGAGGAGGAGGAAGAUGACCAGAUAACCCUGGCCCACUCAGAUGUGAUGAUCAGGACUGGAUGUCAGAAAAUGGAAGUUGAAGGAAGGGCUGUAACCCCAGAGAAGGUCCCUUCUGAACCUGCCUGUGAUGAUCUGGAAGAGAGAAGAAGGAAAGGACGCAGGCCCAGAUCGAGGCUCCUAAAAGAAUCCACUAGCUUGGAAGCAGCUGCCUCUUCUGACUCCAACUUGGAGGCCCGCAGCUGGGAAGGCUCCCCAGAUCCAGUGGGGGGACCUGUCCUGAAUCGCAUGGAGGAUUCCUCUCCCAUCUCUGAUCCAGUGAAUAAAGGCAAUAUGUCAUCUUUCCCACCUUAUAAAGAUGUCCCAGGUCCCUGUGAGCCCGAAGAUCUGUUGGAAGGGGUGAUCUUUGGAGCCAAAUAUCUGGGCUCCACACAGCUGGUUUCUGAGAAAAACCCAUCUACAACCAUCCGCAUGGCUCAGGCCCAGGAAGCCGUCGAUAGGAUUAAGGCACCAGAAGGAGAAUCCCAGCCAAUGACCGAAGUAGAUCUCUUUGUCUCCACUCAACGGAUUAAGGUCCUCAGUGCCGAUACACAGGAAACCAUGAUGGAUCACCCCCUCCAGACCAUCUCCUACAUUGCUGACAUUGGGAACAUCGUGGUGCUCAUGGCCCGUCGGAAGCUCCCUCGCCGGGCGGAUGCUUCCACCGAAAAACAGCUGUACAAAAUGAUCUGCCACGUGUUCCACUCAUCUGACGCUCAGCUGAUAGCCCAAGCCAUUGGGCAAGUCUUUAGCGUGGCUUACCAGCACUUCCUGCGGGCCAGUGGCAUUGACCCCAGCCAGCUGGGCUCCAUGCAAGACCAGAAUGAUGAUGAGAAGGAUCACCCCAGCCUGAUCGAGGGAGAGGAGCUUUAUAAUGGAGACCUGGCUCACUUCUCCAAGCAAGAGAACUGUAAGGAAGUCGUCAUCUCCAAGCAGAAGGGCGCGAUUCUGGGCGUGGUGAUUGUAGAAUCUGGUUGGGGAUCCAUCCUUCCCACUGUGGUCAUUGCAAACCUGAUGCACAGGGGAGCGGCCGAGCGAUCCGGCAAGCUGAACAUUGGAGACCGCAUCAUGUCCAUCAACGGAACGAGCCUCGUGGGGCUGCCCCUUGUCUCGUGCCAGAACAUCAUACGGGAUAUGAAAAACCAGACUGAAGUAACCCUCAGCAUUGUUCAUUGCCCUCCUGUCACUACAGCAAUUGUUCGAAGGCCUGGCACAAAAUAUCCCCUGGGUUUCUCUGUGGAAAAUGGCAUCAUCUGUAGCCUCAUGCGUGGCGGGAUUGCAGAACGUGGUGGCGUCCGCGUGGGACAUCGCAUCAUUGAGAUCAACGGGCAGAGCGUGGUGGCCAUGCCGCAUGAGAAGAUCAUCCAGAUCCUUAGCCAGGCGGUCAGCGAGGUCCAUAUCAAAACCAUGCCAGCCUCCACCUAUCGUCUUUUAACUGGCCAGGAGCAACCCAUCUUCCUCUGAUGGUUCUGCCUUGGCCAAUGGCUUCCGGUAUCUGCUUCCUAAGCUUGCUGCACUUCCAAAUCGGAAGCCGGCCUCCGGGCUCAGUGCCCCAGAUUCACAAGAGCUUUGGGAUUGUUUCUGCUGCACGAACCCUCCAGCCAAGUUUGUUGUUGGUUUCCUUUGCUGGGGACAUUUAUCUGGGGACUUGUGAACUUGGCAGUUAUGCCUAUUGCUUGAGGUUGGCUUCUACACUAGAAAGCAAGAGAUUGGAGAUUGAACCAUACAAUACUGUACUGUUCCUGACCUAGAAUUGAUGGAUUAGACUCUACCACUUGCAGGGGAGAC